AUGAAGCAAUCUGUGUCCAUCUUGAGUGCAGCCCUUUGUAGCGCACUCACUUACGGGCAGAGCAUCGUUUCGACUGGCAGAACAUUGACGCUCAAUGGCAUCCACUACUACGUACCAUCAACAGCUACUGGCAAAGUGGCUGGCUGUAGAUACAAUUCAUCCCUCGAUGAUUUGGCUCCCAUCACGGUAGUCAACCAUGGCCGUCCAUCCUUCGGCACGAACGACCUGGAACAAUUGCAAACCAAUUUUACGAGCAUCGACGACGUCUUUCAGACCGAUUUCCUUCGAGGUAUGCUCACUCAACUCAACCCUAUACGGCCCAACGACACUACCAUACCUAAUGGUCCCUACUUCAUCUCUUCUACAGGCUCGCUCUAUCAAGCCUAUAGGCUAUACUCAGACACGCAAGGUGCCUUCACAGAGACCGCCAUCCCAAGUGCCCAAAGAUCUUACGCCGUUCUGCCUGCGAACAUCCCUGGACAAUCUCUCGCAGUAGCAGUACCCUCCCGACUGUACUUCACCAGGACAGCGGAGAAACCCCUCGCAGGUGUCCGACUCGGCGUCAAGGACAUCUUUGACGUUCAAGGGCUGAAGACGUCCAACGGCAAUCGGGCAUGGUACCAUCUUUAUCCUGAGGCGAACAAGACUGGACCGGCUGUACAGAAUCUGCUAGAUGCUGGUGCCGUCUUCGUUGGUAAAAUGAAGACGAGUCAAUUUGCUGUGGGUGAAACGGCGACGGCGGACUGGGUUGAUAUGCAUUCGCCUUUUAACCCACGAGGAGAUGGAUAUCAGGACCCUUCGUCGUCCUCUGCUGGACCUGCUGCUGGCACAGCUUCAUACCCCUGGCUUGACAUCGCUCUGGGAAGUGAUACCGGGGGAAGCAUACGCAGUCCAAGCCAAAAGAACGGUGUCUUUGGCAAUCGACCUACCCACGGCCUCGUAUCCCUCGACAACGUGAUGCCCCUAUCCCCAGAAUUCGACACAGCAGGCAUCCUCACCCGCGACCCACUCCUCUGGAAAACCGCCGCCCAAGCCCUCUACGGCACCAACCUCACCACCCCACCACCAAACUCCCACCCAACCAAAAUCCUCCUAACCGACUACCCCCCAACAAACUCCACCCCGGAAACAACCACCCUCCUAGCAACCUUCCUCCACAACCUCACAACCCACCUCAACGCCACCACAACCCCCUUCAACCUCUCCGCCUCCUGGGCCGAAUCCCACCCGACCCACCCAAACUUCGCAACCUACAUCUCCACCACCUACGACACCCUCACCUCCGCCUCCCAAUCCCGCCUCGUCCGCGAGCCCUUCUUCGCCGCCUACGCCACCGCCCACGCCAACCGCACCCCCUUCGUCGACCCCGCCGCCCUCGUCCGCUGGUCCGUAACCCAAAAUCUCACCGCCCCUGCCCUCCAAAGCGCCCAAGCCAAAAAAUCCAACUUCGAAUCCUGGUUCACCUCCUCCAUCCUGCGGAACGACUGCUCCACCCUCCUCCUCUACAUCCACUCCCUCCCCACCAAGCCCACCUACCGAGACACCUACCUCUCGGGCGUGACGGCCCCGGCGGCGUUUUCGACUUCCAGGAUCUCGCCGAUGGCGGGGGUGCCGGAUUUCGUGGUCCCCGUGGGGGAGGUGGAGUAUGCCUCGCGGGUGACGGGCGGAAGGGAGGUUUUGCCGGUGAGUGUGGAUUUUGUGGCGGGGAGCGGGUGUGAUGGGUGGUUGUUUGGGUUGGUGGAGGAGUUGGUUGGGAAGGGGGUUGUGAAGGCUGUGAGGGAGGGGAGGAGUGUGGUUAGUGGUGGGGAGGUUUUGUUUUAG